AUGACAACAGCAACUUCAAGCCAAGAAGUGAAACCUGGUUGCCAAGGAAAAUGUGUGAAUGUUAGUGUUCCAUAUCCCUCUGUGUUCGAGAAACCUGACUGUUCCAAGAAGGAGCAUUUCUUUCUAGAUUGCAGUUCAAAUGAUGGUGAUGCUGAACUUUGGUUUGGACGUAACAUGCCUGCUUGCGAUUCUAUCGCACUUGGAUCGGGCCCUUUCAUGUUCUCAAACUUCAGAAACAUGUUGACAGCUAUUGGUUGUGAUACUAAGGUCAUGGAGACAGAAGCUGAGGUGACAGUUGGUUGCUGCCUGUCUCUUAUUUGCACUGAAAAUAUAAACGCUCCUUUGAUCUUUCAGAUUGCCUGGCAGCUCACUCUCAUAGCAGAUGGAAAACAUACAUCAGUUGUUGGGAUUGAAAUUGAAUGUGUAGUUAAGAAUGAGAGGCGCGAACAGGCUAAAGCUAGUACUAGUGCAUAUACUUGUGGCAGUAAUACAGGCUGCACUCAUUCAAACAACGUUCAAAGAUAUCUUGCUUGUACAGUGAAGUUUCAAAGGACACCACUAUCUUCAACAAGGAUGCCAAGAUAA